CACCUCGUCCAUUUUAAGCCCCUCUCCGUUUCCACUUCCAUUUCUUCCUCACCCUGUUUCUCCCUCUCUCUCCACUCUGUUUCUUCUUCUUCUUUCUCUCUCUGAAUCUCACCAGAAGAAGAGAAAACAAAGAAAGAAUAUGGAUCCAGUGACAGCAUGGGGAAACACUCCGUUGGACCAGGUGGACCCUGAGAUCCACGACCUCAUCGAGAAGGAGAAGCGUCGCCAAUGCCGCGGGAUCGAGCUCAUCGCAUCCGAGAACUUCACCUCCUUCGCCGUCAUCGAGGCCCUCGGCAGCGCCCUCACCAACAAGUACUCCGAGGGAAUCCCCGGCAACCGCUACUACGGCGGAAACGAGUACAUCGACCAGAUCGAGAACCUCUGCCGAUCCCGCGCCUUGGAGGCCUUCCACUGCGAUCCGGCCAAGUGGGGUGUCAAUGUGCAGCCUUACUCCGGCUCCCCUGCCAAUUUUGCCGCCUACACCGCCGUCCUCCAGCCCCAUGACCGCAUCAUGGGUCUCGAUUUGCCAUCGGGUGGCCAUCUCACUCAUGGGUAUUACACCUCCGGCGGUAAGAAGAUCUCCGCCACUUCCAUUUACUUUGAGAGCUUGCCCUACAAGGUGAAUUCCGAGACGGGAUUCAUCGACUACGAUAAGCUGGAGGAGAAGGCGCUGGAUUUCAGGCCCAAGUUGAUCAUCUGCGGUGGCAGUGCGUACCCUAGGGACUGGGAGUAUAAGAGGUUCAGGGAGGUUGCUGAUAAGUGUGGCGCUCUUUUGCUCUGCGAUAUGGCUCACAUUAGUGGCCUUGUUGCUGCUCAGGAAGCUAACAACCCAUUCGAGUACUGUGACAUUGUGACGACCACAACCCACAAGAGUUUGAGGGGACCUAGAGCUGGUAUGAUCUUCUACCGCAAGGGACCUAAGCCAGCAAAGAAGGGACAGCCAGAAGGCGCUACCUACGAUUUUGAGGACAAGAUCAACUUCUCUGUGUUCCCUUCUCUCCAGGGAGGUCCUCACAACCACCAGAUCGGUGCACUUGCUGUUGCAUUGAAGCAGGCCAACACCCCUGCAUUCAAGGCCUAUGCCAAACAAAGCAACAAGGUGGAGAAGCUUUGUGAUCUCUGCAACAUCACCGUGAACAAGAAUGCAGUGUUCGGUGACAGCAGUGCUUUGGCCCCAGGAGGCGUGAGAAUUGGUGCACCGGCCAUGACUUCAAGAGGGUUGCUGGAGAAGGACUUUGAGCAGAUUGGUGAGUUCCUCCACCGUGCAGUUACCUUGACACUAAGCAUUCAGAAGGAAUACGGGAAGCUGUUGAAGGACUUCAACAAGGGUUUGGUGGACAACAAGGAGAUUGAGGCCCUGAAGGCUGAUGUUGAGAAAUUUGCAGGUUCCUUUGACAUGCCCGGUUUCCUCAUGUCCGAGAUGAAGUACAAGGAGUAACUAGGGUUUGGUUAUACUUCAUCCAAUUUAUAUUCCUGAAGUAGCAGCGUGAAUUUUUACCCGAUUAUGAAUUUAUGAUUGUCUCCCCACCAAAGAAAGGAAAAGAAGGGGUUUUUUUUCUGUCUUUUGUUGGCUUCAUAGUUUGUUAGGUUGUCCAUUUCACAUUAUUUUCCCCUGUUUGUCGGAUGUUCUCCUGUUUGAUGCAUCUGUAUCCUCAUUGCUCUGUGCUUUAUAACCUAGAUUGUUGGCAAAAUCAAUAAAUCAAGCAGUCGAAUUACAGAUUUCACAUAACUUUGAUCUUUCUUGGCUAUAGCCACUGGAAUUACAGUUGUUAAACCGGGGUUGGACUGACCGGUUUAGCUUCAGCUGGUCUUGGUCGAACGAUUGGCUUUUGCAGUUUGAUCGAACGAUUGAGCUUGCGAAUCCCUUCCUCUGCUUUCCACUCCAAGCGCUUCCACUCUCUGCAUUUCACUGCAAAUCGAGCUCAGCUUGAUUUUUUUUUUCCUCAGCCAACCUUUCCAACUCUUCCUCUAGCCUUUUGACAUCACGUAAUAUGUUUGAUGCAGCAACCUUUUCCUCCCUUAGACCAUGCCAGCGUAGCUGAAUGUGCUGCAGAUCAUUUUCCAUGUACCUUAGCUCAUCCCUAACUUUUCCAGUUCACUCUGCAGAGAAUCCCUAGUUACCAAGAGAAGAUGAUCAAGAUAGCAAAAGACCUUGCCGACAAUUGCCCAGCUCCAUGCUCGAUCUCUUCACACCAUUUCCCCUAUCUCUUUGUUCAGGUGCUCGCUCAUUUCACAAUCCUCUUUCGUUUCUGUAUAUGCUCUCUGUUGAACGAUUCCUUUGCACUAUCGUUUCCCUAAGUAGACUGAACAGAACCUAUCCGACCAAUUAUUGAAGGGUGGAAACUUCGCUUGAAAUUGGUUCAAUUCAUGCUCUUUUGGGCUUCCCGUUGUUGGCGCUCCAGUGAUUCUUUAUGUCCUUUGCCACCUGCUUAUAAUCUGGUGGAAUUGCUUUAUCAUGCUUUCUACUGCAGC